ACAUUUCAAAACGACUUUUCCCAGUCGGAGCUAGUUUUUUUUUUACCGAGUUAACAGUUGUCUUGAACGCACUGAAGUCAGAGAUUUCCGAGUUUCCAGUUGUUUUGAACGCUGCAGUAGUCUACCUGCAAUAACAGUGGGUGGGAUGGACAAAUAUUAACAUUUGCAUAAAGGAGUGUUUUUUUCUUGCGAAACUUAUGGCACUUUUGUCCUUCAUUUAGGAAAUAAGUAACCUACGGAAAACGUUACCGGCAACGGAACAUUUGUCAUUUUCAUUAUUAAACCUGCGAAAUACCGCUAAAUAGUAGGCUACAGGAAAAAUAUAUACAUUUGCAGGCGUGACCAUCGGCCCAUAGUGUGACUCAUGCCGAACAUUCCCAUGGGAGAUUUUGUAAACAAGUUAUUUUUUAAGGCGUCCACGUCCCACGUAUCGGCUGUGAUUUCCACUUUCACGGAUAUAUACCCUAGCGUGGGAAUUCAGAGAGUGAAUACAGGCAUGGACCAGCCUUCAUUAGAUGACUAACCACUCCCUAUUUCAACCGAGAAACUCCCAACAUCCAACCAACACCAGGUGUUCUCUGCUAAUACUAAACACCAGGUGUUCUCUGCUAAAUACUAAACACCAGGUGUUCUCUCCUAACACUAAACACCAGGUGUUCUCUCCUAACACUAAACACCAGGUGUUCUCUGCUAAUACUAAACACCAGGUGUUCUCUGCUAAAUACUAAACACCAGGUGUUCUCUCCUAACACUAAACACCAGGUGUUCUCUCCUAACACUAAACACCAGGUGUUCUCUGCUUAACACUAAACACCAGGUGUUCUCUGCUUAACACUAAACACCAGGUGUUCUCUGCUUAACACUAAACACCAGGUGUUCUCUGCUAAAUACUAAACACCAGGUGUUCUCUGCUAAAUACUAAACACCAGGUGUUCUCUGCUAAAUACUAAAGUUCUCUCUGGAUACUGUUGGUGAGACAUUGCAGCUCUACGAUGCUCCAGCAGAUUUUGACGGACAUGUUCAUAUCACCUGAGCUCCUGGCUGAGCUGAGCGAGGAGCAGAAGCAGGUGUUGUUCAUUAAGAUGCGUGAGGAACAGGUCCGACGCUGGAAGGAUAGAGAGGCUCAACUAGAGAAGGAGGAUGCCACUCUGAAGAAACCCAAGAAAGCCUCUGUGAAGAGUGUACAGUGGCUGGCAGGGAUGGAUAGUGACGUAUGGGUGUGGGUGAUGGGGGACCACCCUGCCGACCAGUCCUACGAGCAGAUCUGUGAUGACAUCAUAGCCCAGAGGGCAGCCUGCCAGGCCCAGAGAGAGGCUGAGGAGCUCAGGGCGAAGAAGGAGGCGGAGCUGGUCAAGAGGUUCUCCAGUGUGUUGAUGGACUCAGAGCGACAGGAGGUGGAGCGACAGGAGGUGGAGCGACAGGAGGUGGAGCGACAGGAGGUGGAGCGACAGGAGGUGGAGCGACGGGCUGCAGCUCAGGAGCAGAGCCAACAGGAGAAAAGAGAGGCGGAGGAGAGGAGGAGGGCUGAGGAAGAGGUGCGAAGAGUGGAGCAGAAGAGAAAACAGGAGAUCUACAUGGACUUGAGGGAGGUCAGAGAGGAGAGAGAUGACCAACACUGGCAAGAUUCAUUGCGGAAGUCCAAAGCGGCUGACCUGCGGCGCCGGUCCAUUGCCAAGCAGACCCGUGAUGACCAUCGGCGGCAAUCGGUCAAGGCUCUGGAGCGAGGCCGUGUAGCUGCCGUCACCAAGGCCUUCGGCGGGGACAGACCUGCCCUCCCGCCCAAACCCAAACCCAGGAACCUUACUGUGACCAGCGACACCCUUAACCCGAAGCAAGGGGUGCGACGCACACUGUCCACCUCCAGCAGGGAGCACAUUAUUAGAUGGUUCCAGGAGGAACAGCUGCCUUACCGAGCGGGUUUCCAGAAGGACCAGAGUCGCAUAGCGUCUUGGUUCCAUGGCAUCAUUUCGCGGCAGGAAGCCGAGGACUUACUGAGCGAGGGGGAACCCGGGCACUUUCUGGUGAGGGUCAGCGAAAGGAUUCUGGGAUACGUCCUGUCUUAUCGAUGCAAAGAGGAGUUUAAACACUUCCUUGUUGAUGCGACAGAGGGCUGCUACAUGCUGCUGGGACACCAGAUCAGAUUCACCUCGUUGGCAGAGCUUGUGGAGUUCCAUGAGGGGGAGCCAAUCACCAUGUCAGGAGGGGAGCAGCUGCUCCAGCCAUGUGGCCAGAGGCCUAGUGGUGUGGACUAUGCCGACCUCUUUACCUGAAACCCUGCAAGGGUCAUGUCCCAAUAGUCUAAAACAGACUCCUUUCCUAAUCUCCUUCCUUCAUGACCACUGGUCAGAAAGGUAUCAACAGGUGAAUGAUCGAGACUAAGUGGUUUCACCUGUCAGUAGCUUUUAUAGUCUAUGGACAGUAGUCAAGGAGGGAAGUAGACAAGGAAGGAAGCCACUGUAGAAUAUUAAGACACAACCUUUAAGGCAUGAGACGGAUCUCUGUGGAACAAAGUGUUUCUACGGGAGACUCACUAUGGUUAGAUAACCAACAUAGCUUUGUUUUUGUUUUGUUUUUUUCUCAGUAGGAUUUACAGGAUGUUCAGAUAGAAGUGUAAUGUUUAGAACCGAUUACGAUGUCUCAUGUAGACUAGAACAAUAAUAGAAUAACCUUUUUUUUGUCUGUGUUAUCAAGGAGGAACUUCGGUUAACUUCAUACUAGGAAAUCGUGUCCGAUCAAGUAAUUCUAUUUCUAUCUGCAAUGUUCAGAAAGUUUCACAUCCGUGUUGACUCUUAUUCCCCCCCUCCCCCAGUGCCAACUGUCAAGCCAUUGACUUUAUAUUAUAUCUAGACCUCCUCUAUCCCCCAUGUACAAAAUGAACAGGCCUGUAAUAUCAUUUCUGCUAAUGUAUUCAUAGACAAGUACCAGGUGGCCAGUAUUGUAAAGGCACAUUUGACAGCGACAACAAACAGUCGCCUGUUUGGGGACGAAUCACUUGAAUAAAUUCUGCACUUUGUAUUGCAA